UUUUUUGCUGCUGUCCAGAGUGUGCAUUGCUGUUGUUGUUGUCGUCGUCGUCGUCCUCGUCUGCUGACAUCACUUAUUUAGCUGAGAGUAGCUGCCUGGGCUAAUGAACUAAACCUACAUCUACUCGCAUACAGUUCAAUUAACAACAACAGAAAAACGAAGCUGCCAAAUACCAAAACGAAAACAAAAACAACUCAAGCCAAGCUUCAGCUACAGCUACAGCUCAGUAAACAUGUUUUCCAUGUGCACAAGAUGGCGUGGCAACAGUGAGAGCAAUUCCUCAAUGCCAGCCCAACAAAUGGAAAUGCAGGCCAACGGUACUGGUGGCAAACAAAUCAAGGGCGGCUAUCUGCUGCGCUAUAAAAAACAAUUUUUAUGGAAUCGCUGGUCUGAGGAGUGGGUGAUACUGUAUGAUGACUCGACAAUGGCUUGGUUUACCGAGCCAGGUCGCUCGUCGCCCUCUGGCAAAAUACUGGUCAAGGAGGCGCCCGAGAUGCUGGCCAUAGCGCACUGGACGGGCCAGAUACCGCGACGCCCACCGCUGCCGGAUGGCGUAAGUGUGUCGCAAUUAAUCGCAUUGGGCUCGCAGCGCAAGCGUUCCAAGGUCUACUGGAUGCUGGCCAAGUCGGAGCAGGAGGUAAGCGAUUGGGUAGAUGCUAUAUCGAAGACAUUGCCGCCGCCGCCCCAAAUCGAACUAGUGGUGGACAAGCCGCAUUUAAUGAAUGUGCUGCGACGUCCGCUCGUACGUAUCAGACCUGCCACCAAUUCGGAAGUCAAGCAGCGCAAGUCUGCUACGCAAAGCAGAAGAAGACAUCAUCGCAGCGCCUCGGCGUCCACUUCCACUUCCGCUUCGGUGGCGGAAACCACGCAUUGCCUGAUGUACAAUCAGAAUCCGUUGGUUAAAAGCGACGCUGCGGUGGCCAUCUUGAGCAAGAAGGCCGAUGCCAAGGCCUCGCUCGCCUGCGCGCUGCCCUGGGGUCAUGGCUGGGGCUGGGCCACACUGCCCAACGGCGUCUGGAGCGGCGGCCUGACCUGGUCCCAGUGUGAGGACACGUUCACGCUGCAUGCACUGCCGACCACACACUGCACCAAUCUCAUUGAUACUUCGUGCAGCGGCGCUGUCUAUCACACUGAUAUAGGCGGCUUUGAUUUUCACUCGUCGGGCGUGGAUGAUUUGGGCGGCGAGGACUUUGACUAUGCCAUGGACUGUGGCGAUUUUAUAUUUUAAAAACAAACAGCAGCUCACCUACAAAAACAAAACCCAUGUUGCCAAACGCAGCAGUCGAACCCACCCAAUGCGCACGGCAAAACAGAAAAAAGAAAUGCGCAGAAAAUUUAGCGGAAUAUUUAAUGAAUUUAGUGAAAAUCGCUUUUGUAGAAUUACGUGUGCUUACUUUGUGCCCCCAUUUGCAGCUAGCAUAGCCAAUGAAUACACACACACAGAAACAUACACACGCGUUGCGUAUACGCCACAUGUUGCCCAUAGCAACUGCAUUUUCUUGUCAAAUCUAUAUACAUAUAUGUGUGUGCGUGUUUUUGUGCUAAUUAAUGCUUAGCUAAAAUAACUAAACAGAAACUUAAUACAUAGCUAAGGCUACAGACACAAACACAAGUACACACUUUGAAAUUGCACAACCUUUUUGUAUUUUAUAAUGAUUCACACAUUUUUGAAUACAAGGUGUUGCAAAAUAUCUUAUGUACACACUUUGUAAGUAUAUUUUACAGCGCAGCUUUUUAAGUGAAACGAGCAAUCAGUUGCGAAAACAAAUUAAUACAAAAUGUUAUAAAUUUAGUCUAGAUAUAGUAAAAUACGCUGGCAGCAGCUAUACAAACAAACCAAAAGGAAAACCAGGUUAAUAACAAGUAUUAUGAAUAAAUAUAUAUAAAUGUAAUGACCCUAGUUAUAAAGCCAAAGCACACUGAAGAAGCCAAAAGUAAAGAGAAGAAACAUUUAGAGAUAUUUAAUUACACCCACACCCACCCGUACUGAUGUAAAGUUAAUCAAGUGAACAAACAACAAACAGUUUGAAACGUAAUUCGUAAAUUUCUAUAACAUAUAUUAACAAAAUAACAGUAACAGUAACUGUAUAUUGCCACCGUUCAUUAAGCCUCAGCGCUUGCUUGCAACGAGUGCAAACUUAAACUUUUAUAAUUUGUUACAAGACGAAACAAUUUUGAAAAUUGUCAAGUAAAACAUUUUGAACAUUUUGUCGAAAAUAAGACAAAACGCCGCUACGGGAACCUUACACAUGAAUGUCUAGUAGAACAACUAGCAUUAGUUUAAGCAAAUAUAUAUAUAUAAAUGGUAUAUAUGUGUAUUUUAGCAUAAGCAGCAGGUUUUCAUGUAUUGUUGUAUAAUGGAACACAGCAAAAUAUUAGACAACAAUAGCAAACAAAAAAAAACAUAGCAAACAAAAUAUUCAUCUUAAUACAGGUAACAAUAAACAUAAAAAAAUAUGAAUAUAGAUAUAUGUCUGCUAGUAAGCGCCUUGUAUAGGGUAUUGUUAAGCUAACUAAAGUCACUUAACUACUACAUAAACUAUAUACUAUAGUCAACAAUCAGAUCACAGCACAGCACAGCACAGAUCUGUCUGUCUGUAUCCUGAAGCCCUGGCAGCCUUAGUUAAAGCCUAGAAAGCUAUUGUUAAAUGUUUUGCUCAUCAGCACAGCGAGCUAUGCGUAUCUAUCUACAACUACAACUAUAUAUAGAAAUAUAAAUGUUGUAUGUACGUAUGUUAUGUGUGUAUAACCCCUAAACCAAAGAAGAUACAUGUAUGUAGACUACAAGACUUAAGCAAUUGUCGUAUAGACGUUAAAUUAGAGCGCAUUGAAUGUUGGCUUUAUAAUGUUUUUAGAAAUUUAACAACCCUAACGUGUAAGUAGUUUAAAUCGAAUGCAAACGCAGCUUAUUGUAACUGUCUAACUGUUAAGGCAUUGGCGCAAUGAAUACAAUUCGACAUGAUUUGUUAAGUUUAUAAGCUUUUGAGUACUAGACAUGAUAAUAAUAAUAAUAAUAACAUAAACUACUAAACUAAACUAAACUAAACCAAAACCAAUAUCGACAAUCACGGCUAUAAAAAAAGAAUGAAGUUAAUCAUAUUAACAUGUACUCAUCAACAGUAACAGUAACAGCAACAGAAACAAACAAACAAGCCAUAGUAAUUAAUAGUAUAUUGUAUUUAGUAAACUUUGGUAUUUGUAAAGGGGCGAGUGGUGUACACGUCCAAAGCCAAGUAUUUAAGGGAGCCGCAACUACCGCACAAGGUAAAUCCAGUCAGACAGACAGAGAGAACGAUGUAGAGAAGGAAGCAAGCUGCUAACACCACUCAAGCUUUAAUUAUAUGUACUCUACGUACGUAUACGUAAUGCAGUCCUCCGUUCUUGAGUUGUAUGCAUAUUUUUGUAAACCAUUUAUUAUUAACAAACAAAGCAAAUCUAUAUAUAUAUGUAUACAUUUAUUCUAGAACACUUGUACACAUCAAUGUUUUAUAUACACACACACACACACACACCAAUACAUAGGCAUGUGCAUUGUUUAUUAUUUUGACAAACCCAUUGUAUACUAUUUGUUGGCGAAUUUAACAGUAACCCACAAAUAUCUGUAAACAGUGUCCACAACUUGGCGCAGGCAGUUUGCCUAGUUUAUAUAGUGAGUGUGUAUUGUAGAGUGUGUAAUUGUAAUUGUUGUUCAAAAAGCGUGUCAGAUGUCAGUGUUGUUAAUGUUUCCGUGUCACUGUUAAAUGUAACCAAAGUCUUACACAAUGUUUAUUAUAACGGCUUCAUAUGAACGUAUGUAUUUGUAAUUGUAUAUGUGUAUACGUAUACGUAAUAUAUUUGUUUUCAAAACUUUUCGGCAAAAUGCAAUAACAAACCAAAUAAACAUAAAUAUAUAAAGCACAUGUCACAUCCAAGCAACAGUAUCUUCCACUUUAAAUCGCGCCAGGUGCGUCUGGGAGCUGAGUAAACAGCAAAGUAAUAAAACUCGGCAAAUAUAUAAUAAAG